AUGGAGAAAUUCAGGAAUCGGAUCGAAUAUUUAGAAUGGGCAUUAAUAUUAAACAUUCCACCGCAAAAUGAUCCAGACCAAAUAGCACAAAUAGGAAACAAUGUAGAUAACAUGAUCUUGCCAAUUGUUAUGGGCCAAUACAAACAAGCACUAACAUCUCCUGUGGCUCAACAAAUUUUUAAUACGAACUCAUCGGAAAAUGAUGCAUGUUUAAAACAUUUAGAGGGAACAUUGGAUAUUUCUUCAUACAUUUCGGCCAGGAUUGACCAUUAUCUAUUAAGCGAGAAUGUUUUACAGGAACUCAGGCAACUUAAUUUACUCUGCGUUGCCGCAGCAUGCUUAAACGCUUUCGUACAGUCCAAUUGGACCGGUCCUAUUCUUGAACUAGAACCUCAUGAGCUUCUGCCCAACGUCAUAGGCGAACGACACGGCGAAGGAGAGUUGAACAAAAAAGCUCUUGAAAUGUUAUCCAUCGAUGGCGAGGAUGCUUAUCAUUUGACUCCUCGUGCUUUAUACCUGUUGUUUGCAAGGAUCAUAUUGGUGGAAAAUGAAUCAAAGUUUUCCAUCUUGAAGAGUGCCCACUGGUGGGGCCAGAGGAUCUUAUUUAUUCAACAGCGUAUCCUUGAUAAUGCCAGUGAAACAUUGCACAGCAAGAUAAUGCAUUACUUGCAGUCCUUCAACAUCAUUCUUCCUACAUUGAUGUUGGACGAAAAGAUCUCAAUAGAUUUACGCUCCAGAUUUUACCUGGAGUAUGGUUUCGCAUAUCACUAUUAUAACCAGGAUUCUUCUGCGAUCGAUCAUUUUGUGAAAGCUCAAAAGACAAGUGGUUUGAAAUGGAAACUCACCGGGGAGUUGGGUAAAAGAACAAAGUUUCAAAGUUUUGAUGUAUCGCAACUGUUAAUCGUUGCCAAGAGCGCUGAAAGCGAAGACCCGGAUGAGAUCAAAGGGGAAUCCGAAAAGAAAGAGGUUCCCAAGGCUCUUCCACUUGAUGAUGACGUACUUUUAGAAAAAAUUGAAUUCUCCAAGAGCUCGGAUGAAAGCUCUUCAGCCCAUCAAGAAUUAGACCCCCGAAAUCAAGGAAACCUCAAGGUAAUAGAUCAAUGCCUUCUACUCGCUUUUUGCUUGAACGUAAAGAACACAAACCCUACACACGGAAUUACCACCGAACAAAUGGUGCCUUAUGUGACCAGGGUCCUUGAAAAUCCCAACAACUGGAUGGUCUACACCAUGGCACUUUUGCUAAGAUCACGCUUAGAGAAAGAAAGAUCUAGAACGAUAGAACGUUCGGUUCUUCAACUGCAAGCUCUAGUUGACCAAUUCCCUCUGGAACUUUCCAGCGCCCAAGAGCGCAUGUCCUAUUUUUACCAGAUCCUUCUUCCUUCGAAGUGGGACAUGGAGAAAGAACUUGCGAUACAAUAUCUUUCCUUGGGCGUAAUCCGCUCGGCACUGCAGAUCUUUGAACGCCUUGAAAUGUGGGAAGACGUAAUCAAUUGUUAUAUAAUGCUUGAGAAGGAGGAAAAGGCACGAGAGAUCAUCAACGAACAAUUGAAAGCUAAUCCGAAUUCACCCAAGCUGCAUUGCUUAUUAGGCGACAUUGAAAAGAAUCCAAAACAUUGGGAAGACGCGUGGGAAAUGUCGGGACAUCGUUAUGGACGUGCGAUGCGAUCCCUUGGUCUCUAUUGGUAUAAACAAAAGGAUUACCACAAAUCUAUUGAAUGUUACGGAAAAGCACUCAAGAUUAAUCCCAUAUUCGAAAACUCGUGGUUCAUUCAGGGAUGUGCGGCAAUGCAUGUUGAAGACUGGGAAACCGCGGCCCAAGCUUUUACUCGUGUGAUUUCAAUCAAUACUGAUAAUUCCGAAGCAUGGAAUAACCUGGCGUCAGCGUAUCUUAGGCAAAAUCGUAAAACCGAUGCAUUCAACUCUUUUCAACAAGGUCUAAAGCAAAAUUAUGAUAACUGGAAGAUUUGGCAAAAUUACAUGUACACAGCAAUUGACAUUGGAGAAUUUUCCGAAGCCAUCAGGGCCAUGGAACGUGUGGUGGAUUUGCGAUGGAAGGAGGAAAAAGAAUCUUGUGUUGAUCUGGAAGUUCUAGGGAUAAUAGUUAAUUCGGUUAUUCAAGGAAUUCAAGAUUCCAGCAAAACUAGCGCGACAAGGUUGGCAUCGAGGGUUGAAAAAUUAUUGAAUGAGACAAUAACAUCACGAAUAACUUCGAAUCCACAGAUAUGGCAAAUUUGCGCGCAGUUCUUUCUUUGGAAAAAGGAUUAUGAUAAAUCCCUAGAGGCUCACCUCAAAGCUUACCGAAGCGUGCUACACAAUCCCAAAUUAGAAACUUCGGAAGAAGUCUUCAAACAAGCUGCAACCAUCGCUUUAGAGGUGACCGAGGCAUACCAAAAUCUUGGCGAACUGGAGAUCGUCGAUGAAAACAAAUCGACCAGGAUGGUUUGCAAGGAUUGGAGGUACCAGGCAAAAAGUUUAUUAAAAAGUUUGAUUGGUAAGACGAAUGCAACAUUUGAAGGCCAUGAAAUGCAUGAUAAAUUAAAAGAGACGCUGAAAGAAUUGAACGCUCGAUAG